AUGCCAAUCCCUAAUGGGCUGUCUUGGUCUUUGAAGAAGAUUUGGCAGCAAAGGGAGACUCUGAGUAGCUCUGGUGAUUUGCAGCAGUUUGUAACUGCAGGAAGAUUUAAGAUUAAGAGAAUGUAUAAUCAUUUGAGACAACAAGGGGAGUCUGAUAGACUUGCAACUAAGGAAAGGCUGAGAAGAUGGAAUGUUAUAGCUGAUAGUGUGUGUUGCCUUUGUCACAGCACAGAUGAAAGUAGGGAUCACCUUUUCUUUGCCUGCAGUUUUGUAGCUGAUAUUUGGAAUCAGGUUCUGCAGAGAAGUGGCAUUCAUAGAACUGUUGGAGCUUGGAAUGAUGAAGUGCAGUGGGUGCAGAAAGCAAGCAGGAGUACUAGAAGUAAUGCUAGAAUGUGUAAUAGUUUGUUUUGUGAAACUGUGUAUUCUAUCUGGCUAGCUAGGAACUCUAAAGUGUUUUCUAACCAGUUAGACAGUAGCUUAAGUAUUGUAAACAGAAUUCUGUUUAGGGUAGCUUGUAAUAGCUAG